UUGAUUCCUAGAUGACUCACAGUUAAAGCGAUUUCAAUCAUUUUAUUAGAUCCUGAUGGCUUUGAUCGCAACAGAUCCAAAGGAGAAUAAAACAAAAGCUUUAAUGCAAGCCCAGGACGCAGAGUUCACCACCGAGGGUUUACCCAAAGCUUUCCUUCACAGCCUGCGGACUUUGUUCGACAUCUUAGACGACGGAAAGCGCGGGUAUGUGCACAUCUCAGAGAUCGAGAGCCGGUGGCAGGGCGCGGAGACGCACGAGCUCCCCGGGGGCGUGCUCGAGAGCCUGAGGCGCCUCACUCCGCCGCACGGCUGCCUCACCUUCGAGCGCUUCGUCACCGGACUUCGGCACUCCAUCCUCUGUCCUGAGCUAGCGCAGCCUGCGAGCCGCGCUCCGAAGCAACACGUCCACGCGAACGGAUUCAAGGUGCGCCCGCUGGGACCGAGCAACGGGACUAACCAAAACCGCGCGCGACAACUGCAUGACAGCAGAGGCUCGAGCUCGAGCGCGUACACGAAACCGCGCGCGAGCGAUUCCACAUCGUACGCGAAUCCCGGGGCUCCGCCGUGCACGAGGAGCGGCAGGAGCCUGGAGCGCGUUCACGUGGCCCCCGAUCGGUCCGAUUCGGUUCGCGCGGUGGGGAGAAAGGCGCCGCCGCAACAGCAACCAGCGCGCGUGCAGUCUGUCGAGUCCAUCCCGGUCGAGUCUUUUCACAAGACGAGUCAGCAGCAGGGUGAACGUGUCGGUCUGCCUCGGUCACAGAGCGAGACAACUACGGGUUUCACGGCGAACAGGCGGCACAGCAGGAGCCGAGAAGAGCCGAGACGUCACACCAUCACCAACGGGGUCGACUAUGGAAGGCUAAAGCAAAUGAAGGAGCUGGAGCAGGAGAAAGACUCGCUGCUGUCUGGACUGGACGUGGUGGAGAGAGCGAGAGAGUGGUACCAGAAUCAGAUCCACAAUGUGAACGAACGACAGAGGCUCGUCGGCCAGAGUGGACAUCACACCGAUUUUCUAACAGAAUCCAAUCAGUGUCGGCUGAAUGUCCUCCUACCCAAACUACAAGAAGUGAACCGCUGCCUUAAUGAGCUUAUCUCCUACUCUGGAAUGCAGUCAUUCCCCUCUCCAAGUACCCAGGCUUCUGUCGUCUCCCCUAGCAUCUCGUCCGUUCCUGCUCCUCCACAGGCCAUCCAGAGGCUGAAGGACCAGAACCACCUUCUCACACAGGAGGUGACGGAGAAGAGCGAACGCAUCACCCAGUUGGAGCAGGAGAAGUCAGCCCUGAUUAAGCAACUAUUUGAAGCCCGAGCUCGUAGCGCUCACGAUAACAGCGUCCUCGACUCGACCUUCAUAUGAACGGAAAGUUCGGACCAAAGCCACGACCACAUUCGGAUCCUCACCUUGUACUCAGCCAAAGGACUGCACACACGCCCUCAAUACACCAGGCUGGAAUUUGACUGUGACUGCUGCUUUCAUGGUGUACUGAUGAAAUUUCUUUUGACUGCAUGCAAAACAUUGCAAAGGUUCAAUGCCACAUAUUUCUUUGCAAGCAAGCGCCACUCUGUGCUUCUCUAUGACUUAAACCACUUCCACAUGAAUGUUGCUACGUUCCGUGCACUGAUAGAUGUUGACAGAUCGGUGGCUUUCGGUCUGAGCUUGAGUUGUAUUUUAACCUCCUUACAAUUUUGUUUAUUUUUUUUAUUUUGGUAUUUUUUCUUACAUUGAUGGACCUAAAUGCGACGGAUAAGCCUGUUAUUUUUACACUCCUGAACAUUUGGUGUUCUCACACUCUUGUCACUUUUGGCAUUCUGGGCCUCAUUUAUUAAUUUGGCUUGUUUACAUAAGCAUUUACAUGGGAAAUUUGGUACUCAUGAGAAUCCAUUUAGUGCAGCAAAACUAUGACUCAUAGUGCUAUACUGACCCCAUUGUUUACACUGGCACUGGACCACAUGGCUGUGUUGCAUUUAUUUCUGAGGACAUGCACAGUUGACACUUCAAAAGGCUGCAGGAUACACAUUGCAGCCAUCUUUAUACAAAUAGGCUGCAUUCAUACGGGACCAGUGAGCUGAGUAUUUGGCAGUGGCUCUGCCAGACGUUUUGAGGAACCGCUCCAGACAUGAUUUGUUUGGUUCAAAAGUUGAACGUUUUGGCAGUGGUUAAGACAUUGGACUUUGGUUUAGAAGGUCCCAGGUUCAAAUCCAACGACCGCCAAAUUGUCCCUGUUGGGCUCUUGAGAAAGGCCCCUAAUCCUCAACUACACAGAUGUAUAAUAAGGUAAAAAUGUAAGUUGGUUUGGUGCCUAAAUGUAAAUGCAUAACAUCCCUCCACUGAAAAUGAAUAGGAUGUGCCUACAUUGUAGCAUAACUGGAACCGUGUGAAUGCAAUCAUAUUGAAAAAGCAAGCGUAAUUCAGCUUUUAAGCAUUUUUAGUGGUCUUUUUUCAUUUUCAGCUUUCCGUGUGCCUUUUAUGAAAUUCUGUGGGUGCCACUUCAACUGUGCUGGGAAAGCACUUGGUAGUGGCCAAAAAUGAAAAUGUUUACGCACACCUUGACACAAAGAUUAAUAAAUGAGGCUCAUUGUAAGCAUGAUGAACUUUGCAAAUGCCAGAAUUUCUCCUUUCCAAGCACUGAAAAAGGUAAAAAUCGCAAUCGGAUAAGAGAACGAGAGAGUUUGUUGUGAUUUCCGCAUUAUCAGUUAACCACAGUAUCAAGAUUCAUGGACCCACAAUUUCAACAAAUGCCAGGACUUUUUUUUUUUUUACCCAUUUUUAUGUCAGUGUUGGAUAAUUGAAUUAUUUGAACAUUCCGAGGUUGGAGUAUUAAACACCUUUUACUGAAGACUGCUGGUUAGCACUGUCGCCAUGCACCUCUAGGGUCUAAGUUUGAUUUCCGCCUGUGUUUUUGCACGAUUCUUUGAACUUUGUAGGUUCUGCUUGGUUGGUUUCCUCUGGGUGCUACAACUCCAUGGAGUAGUGUACCUUUGAUUUGUUUUUGUUUCUUUUUAUAUCGUCUAUCCAGCUGCUACUUCUGGAAUGUAAAUGUGACCCAUGGUGUGAAUUGGUGUAUGAUGCUUUCACACCUCGGCAGUAUGGAACCCUUUAUAAGGUAUCUCAAUUGCACCAAACAACUAAACCCUGGUCUGCUGAUAAUAAGAAUUCUUUUCAGAUCGAACUGAAAAAAAAAAACGCUUCUCUUCCUUUAAACCAUUGUAACAUAGAUUUUAAGCAUUGUUUUUUUUUUUUUUUUUUAGCUCUACUGACUUUUGAACACAAUAUUACAGUACAAGGUUGCAUCAGUUGAGUUAGACACAGGCUGUUCUGCAGUCACUGUGAUAUUUCAGCAUGCAUUAAUACACAUACUGAUAUUAAUCUUAACCUAUUUCCAAAUUCUAACAACUCUGACCUAGGACGAAUUAUAGAGAAAUAAAUUCUCUGCAAAAAGCAAACUUGUCAAUGCAUUCUCGAAAAGAGAAACGAUAUGUCAUCUCUUGCAAAAGCUCUUGCAUAAUAAUAAUAUUUUGCACGAAUACUGUCCCAUGUUCUGCAUCCCGUUAAAGACGUAUUUAAAAUGAACCCACCUGGCAAGUGUUGAUCUUGUAGGUUUAACCAUGAGUACAUUUAUUCAGUCUUGAAUAAGCUUUUUAGUAUAUCAUGAUUUAUUUGUAAAGACUGUAAAGUUAUCUUCUCCUUGGUGUCUACUUUUCCUGAAUGGUUUUACAGCCUUAUUGUAAACAUGCAAACUGUAUUUCUCACCAGUUUCUCAUUAGCCUGCUUAUCAUACUAUCAAUGUUAUAUUUUAGACGAAUCAGUCGAAGGUGGUAAAUCUGUCAAUUGUAUUUGUUUAGAAGGAUUUUGAUCUAGAACAUUCUUUUUCCUGGUACGGCAGCCUCAAAAUGAAGAUGGCAUACGACAGUAAGGUUAUUUGCAUGUGGGAGAGGCUUUAAGCAAGUGCAAGAUCCUCAAAGGAAGAAAGCGGUUUUAUUUCCGGUGUAUUCUUUAAAUGUGCACGUGAUCAACUUCAUGUGGUGUUUUGCAGGUAGAAUCAUGUCUGAAAAGUUUUGUCUGAAGGAUUAUCGUCUGUGUAAAGAAUGAAUUGUGUACUGGCAUGUAUUACUUCUUGAUGGAUUUGAAUGGGCUAUCAAGAGUUCUUUGAAUGAUUCUCUUCUUUAGAUUUCUGAAAGGAUCUCUAAUUGGAGUCGUCUCUAAAAUGGUGCUCUGCUGUAAGGUUCACCGUUUCUUAACAUAACGGGUCUAAAAACCUAGUUAAAUAUGGACUUUUAGGGAAUGAAUGUUCAUGGAUUGAGGAAAGGGGAAGGCUAUGAUGACAUGAGUAUGGUGACUUUUUAUAACUGUGGUGAACUGAAAAACAUCUCAGACUGCACAACAUGGGCUACAUCAGCAGAAGAUUACAUUUGCUUUUUGUGCCUUUUGGCUAAGAUCAAGUGUGGUAUCUGUUCUUAUCAGUUUGACCUUAGAGAUGAAACAGGGGUUUGCUUUGUCACCUCUCUGCAACGACCUGGUAUUACGGUAUUUCCGGAGAUGUUGCAACUUCUGUUCGCUAUAGCCUUAAAUUCCUGCCUUUGGUGACAAAAGUGGAAAUGGAUGUAGUCUUGUGUUUACCUUAAGGUUUGAAGUGUUGAAUGAUCUGAGAUGCUUUUUUGCUCAGCACCAUUGUAAAAAGUGGUAAUUUGAGCUACUAUAGCCUUCAACUCAGCUUGACCUAGUCUGACAAUUCUCCUCUGUUUACACUUUUCACCUAUUACAGGAUCCAUUACGUAUAAAAUCUAGAGAUUGUUAAAAAUCCCAGAAGAGCAACAAUUUCUGAGAUGCUCAAAACAGACCAAAAUGUUUUACCAUCCAGAUGUUUGAUGUGAAGACUUUCUGAACCUCUUGACCUGUAUCUGCAUGAUUCUUAGCAUUGUGCUAAAAAAAAUAAUUGCAUGAGUGAGCAGGUGUACCACUUUUUAAAAUAAAAUGGCAGGUGAAUGUA